AAAACUUCUCCCACAACAUCGAUUCAAGUAAAUUCCCGCCUGAAUUUGAAAUUCGAAGAGCAACAACAUUUCUCAGUUCUCGGAGUUAUUUUAAGAAAUGCUUUCCCUAGAGCCGUCCCAAAUUAUAUAAUUCCAAAGUUGCGGUCAUUUGGUAUAACUCUCUGGUGAUUUCCGAGUGCUGUGUUUUGUGAAAAGUGAGUGGAAAUGGAUGUUAAUCCGGAUAUUUGGGGUCAGUUGGCCGUAGAGGCUUCCCAGGUUUACUUGACCGACGGCACAGCAGCCAGAAGUCCCUUCGCAGGAACGACCAUCGAGAAGCUGCCAGACAAAGUCCUCCUCCACAUAUUCAGCUACCUAUCCCACAAGGAGAUAUGCCACAUGGCGAGGAUUUGCAAAAAGUGGCGACAGAUAGCCUACAACCCCAGCCUCUGGAAAAACGUCUCCCUACGUCCAGAAAUAUCCGGACUACACGUCAACUCCCUAGAUACCCUCCUCCAGCUCAUAACGGUAAGAUUCGGACCAUCCCUGAGGUAUAUCGAGCUCCCCAUAGAGCUCAUAACGCACACUGUGCUCCACGAAUUGGCCAACAAAUGCCCCAACCUCACCCACAUGCUCUUGGACUUUUCCACGGCCAUGCAACUGCACGAUUUCAGUGAACUCCAAGCCUUCCCCACCAAAUUGAAGUAUAUGUGCAUCUGCCUCUCCGAGGUCAUCUUCAUGGAGGGUUUCAUGAGGAAGAUCUACAACUUCAUCAACGGGUUGGAAAUACUGCAUCUGUUGGGUACAUACGAGAAGAUAGAGGAGGAGGAAGAGGAGAUUUACGAGGUUAUAAACGUGCACAAGUUGAAAUCUGCAACGCCAAAUCUGAGGGUCAUAAAUUUGUAUGGCAUCAAUUUUGUUGAUGACAGCCACAUCGAUGCCUUCAGCUCCAACUGCAUACAACUGGAAUGUCUGGCUGUCAAUUAUUGUGCCAAAGUGACGGGAUCCACCCUCAAAACCUUAUUCCAAAGAAGUAGAAGACUGAAAUGCCUACUCAUGAAUGGCACAAGUUUAAAAAGCGAGUUCCUGAUGCAAGUUGACUGGGAAAAAUGCUCGCUCUUGGAGCUCGACAUAACAGCGACUGACCUGUCUACAGAAUGUCUGCAAGACAUGCUGACGAGGUUGCCGGGUCUAAGGUUCUUGAGCGCUGGACAACUGAAUGGUCUCAACGAUUCUGUUUUGAAAACUUGGAUGGAGCAGGGUAACCCCAGGAAUCUGGUGGCUUUGGACCUGGACAGUUCGGACAAUCUUAGCGAGGACGCCAUCUACAAAUUCCUCUGCAAACACGGUCACCAACUGUGGGGUUUGGGGCUGUCUGGGAUGACCCACAUCACCGACAGUUUGUGGCAAACCGUUCUGCCGAUUCUUACGAACGCCAAGAUCCUAAUUAUGGGAACUCAGGAAAGAUUAGGCGUGAACAUUCUUGUAGACCAAUUGAUGGACAGCAUAGCCAGGAAUUGCCCAAUCGCUGAACGACUGGAGUUGAGAUGGGACCCAGAAAAUUUACGAUUUUCCGAUAAAAGUCAAAAGGCCAUAGAUACCAUAAGAGUUAAAUGCCUCAAACUGAGAUGUCUAGCUCUUAGCGAUGGCAGAUACUACGAAAUUGUCAAAGCAAACUUUGAGAGAGCAGACCGAAUGACUGUAGUGAGAACAUUGACGAAUUGUAGGGUAUCCAAUUAUUAUUUACUUUUGAAUUACAAAGAUCUCAUUUUUAAUUGAGAUUGUUCAAAAUUCCUGCAACUCAAUCGAAAAUCAUCAAGGCUAUCAUACUGAAAGCUCUUUCUUCUUCCCAUUAUCGAAUUUUGUUUUGUAACUCCAAGAAGUCAUUGACGACACAGCCAAUUCUGGGGAGGCCCCUACCUGUCUACGCCUAUGUGCCAAUCGAAACUCCAGACUUGAAAAACCAAAGAAAUCAAGUAAUCCGAACAUCCAUGUCGAAUUGAACGCAAUUUUGAACCCAUUUUUUAAAUAUUAAAAAAAAAUACGAAAAAUGUAAAAUACUUCUUUUAUUCUUUUCCACUAUUCAGUAAUAAGAACAAUUUUAAUAGUGCGAUGUGAUUUUUCGAAUGUCAAGGUAGGCAUAUAAAAAUAACCAUGAUUUCAUCAAAUACAAUGAGGAGAUUUCACCAUCAGUCGUCAAGAUUUCAAAUUGCAAAAGAAACCCUGAUUUAACAACUUGUAGUACUUGUCUAAUUAUUUAUAUCGAAGUCAAAACGAAUUCUCAGCUCUUUACCAUAAAUUAUUCAAGAUAUUUUCACUGUUCAAUUCGAAAAGUCGCGCAUUAGCAUUCAAAGAAUUAAUUUAUUCUAUUGAUUAUUGUCACUCGAUUUUUACUUAUCUUCUCUUUUUGCAAUUCGGAAACCUCGUGAACUGGUGGGUCAAAAUUCAAUAUUCCUUUUAAAAAGUGGACUUUGAAACUUUGGAUAUUUACAAACGAUAUACAAUCUCAUUCAAGCCUAAUUAUUUACACUAAGUACAAAUCUAAUAGUUUUCAAAUUUAUGUAGCACACUAAUUGUCCAAUUCCCAUUCUCUCCAAUAUCCAUUUAUGAGAACACACCGUUCAAAUAUUUAAACUAUAUAAAUAAAUCAUUGCAAAAUUCAUUGUUCAUUCCCGUGCGUUAGUUAUUAGGCCAAAUAAUUUACCGGAUGUCAAAAUUCUUCGUCUUUGAUGGCGUUUUUCAUGAACAAUAUAUAUUUACAGAAGGACCAAAUUGUGAUUCACGAAAUAUUUUUUUGUAUAGAAGAAACAAGUUUCGAAUUUAAAAACUGACAACACGAUUGAUCUGAAUGUUUCCAUUCAUUCUCUGACUAGAAUUAACAGUAUAAACUAUACGUAAUCCUUCGUUCAUCAUCAAGAGCCACCAACAUGAACAUAACAUAAAAUGCAAUAAAUUUUCAACAUUGAAUUACAAAACCAACACAAUAUCACUCAGUGUCAUUUCCAUUUCAGUUUUCGGCACGAUAGAAAAACUC